AUCCCGGACUCUCGUCGACGCGCCCACUACCUCCUCUCUCGCCAUGGCCUUCAAGCUCCUUGCCUUCGCCGCCGUGCUGGCCGUGGCUAAGGCCGGCUACCUGGGCGCCCCCGCCGUGGCUGCCUACGCCGCCCCCGCAUACGGCUACGCCGCCCCCGCCUACGCGCACGGUCUCGCCGCCCCCGCCGCCAUCACCUCCAUGCACUCCAACAUCCUGAGGACGCCCGGCAACCUGGGACAGGUGUCCACCUACUCCAAGACCAUCGACACGCCCUACUCCAGCGUCUCCAAGUCCGACGUGCGCGUCAGCAAUGACGCCCUGGCCUACGGCGCCGCCUACCACGCGCCCGCCUACGCCGCCUACGCUGCGGCCCCCGCAGUGCACGCCGCCCCCGUCGCCACAUACGCCGCCCCCGUAGCCGCUGCGUACGCCGCUCCCGUGGUGAAGACCGCCUACGCCGCCCCCGCCUACGCUUCCUACGCCGCUCCCGCCGUCCACGGAGCGUACGCCGCCCCCGUGGUGAAGACCGCCGCCUCCGCCGUCGCUGGACACGGCCUCCUGGGCGUGGCUUACUCCGCCGCCCCCGUCGUCUCCCACAUGACCUACAGCAACGCCUACGGCAUCCACUACACCUACUGAUUAUUUAAUCACGUCUCCAGGCAUGUUUAUAGGCCUACUGUUCCUGCGUGUCCCAUGAUUUAGCCUAAUUUGUGAGAUACCUCAAUCCUUAUUUAUAAGAAUCUUUGUGUAAUAAAAUACAUUUUAAAAUGAAUGUUUGUUAAUGUAUCAAAUUAGCUUUUUCCCCUUUAAAACAUUUCUUUCCUCUAACCAUUUCCACUGAAUAUUUGUAACAGAUCAUCAUACAACAAAAAACGUUAGUAACUGGAUAAAGUCCUACUUUAUUAAUUUCAAACUAACGAACUACAUAAACAGUUAGAAAAUAGUCAAAUGAUAUUCGCCAAAGUUUUAGCCUAGGCCAACGUUUCAGCGAUUUGUUUACAGAGAUAACGGAUCGAGAGAAACAUUUUGGUUUAUUUGUUGUUCUUGAUACCUAUAUCCAUCAAGAAUUUGGUUGGAUAUUGAAGGAAAAAAAAACAAAAUACCGCACAAUCAUUUUAAAAUGAUGGUCUCUCGAAACCAAAGUUUAUAACUGAAGUAAAGCAGUAUACUUUUAGAGGGAUUAUUUGGUUUGUAACUAUGUGGAGGCAACGACGUUGUGCAGUUGUCGAGUCGGCGGUCCUCGUGCGCUGACCGCGCGCCGAGUCUCGUUUAUGCACUGUGUCCGUGACCGCUGACGUCACCUGGCCGCGCGGCAGAGGCGGACAGCGCGCUAUGUGAGGACACGAGAGUGCAGUGGUACUGCGGGGUUGCUGAGAGCACCAGUCUGUAAGGCGCCUCCAGCCUUACCGCGGUACGCAGAGCGGCGAGUGCUACCGAGAGAGGUCCUGGGUUCAGAAGAGCCUUCAGCGACUAUACUCCGUGUACAAGGCUGAGUACGCAAACACGACGAAUAAAUAGGAGUGUCCUUGUAAUUUCAUGUCUGUGUAUUAAUUUAAGGACACUAUGACUAUAUCUUCCAAAAAACCUUAUUUGCAUGCAACAAGUGCGAAUAUCACGAACCUAGCGCCCUCUUCUCUACCCAUGUCCUUUCCUUCUAUCUUCUCCACUUCUUCCCUUUAGUCCAGAUUAACACUGGAGGUGUCAGAAGUUUCGUUACGUUAAAUUAAACGAAAGAACAUCUUGGCAGCCAUUACAAAUGGCUUCAGAAAUCCGACACCCUUACAUUUGGUGCAAGAAGUAAGGCCCCUUACAUUAAAUUGUUGAAAUUAUUUUCUUGUAAUUUAAUGCGUUUGAUAAUUCCCUUCACGAGUUUAUUUCUCAUGUAGUAUGAGUUCAUUGUAAGUUGUUUUUUAUCAGUUGUACAUUCAAACCAACGGGUUCGACGAGAUAGCAUUAUUUCCGUCAUAUAUUUAUGAAUAUUCUUGAUUUCCUAGCUCUGAGGACAUGUUGAAAAAGCUGAUGUAAGCGGAACUGGCUACUAAUGCACAUAUGUUAAGGCUCGUUCUCAAAGCAGAGUUGGUUAUUUCAUUUUAUUGGCAUUACUAUUAAUUAAAGAAUUGGAUUUUCCUUUAAAAAAUUUUUAGAGCACUUUCGAAUUUCUUGAUGGGUUACAAAGUUCCUAAUCAAAUACUUACAAAACAAAACUGUAGAAGUUCACACAUGUGAUCGUGGUCAUGAAAAACUGCGUGACAUUUCAGCGCUAAUUAAUUAUACCUAUUAAUUUGAGACAAAACUUAAAAUGCAAAAGAUCUAUUGUGAUAAAUUUACAUAAAAAAGUCCUCAGAUACAGUAAUGGCCAGUAUGGCGAGUUGGGCCUUAAAACAUUCGCACCUCAGAUACUGUUAGUAUUUCGGUGACUUCACAGAAAAAAUAUUUUCUGUACUUUUACAAAAGAUUCCUUUGGAAACCAGAUGACAUGAUAUAUGUAAUACUACAAGAAAUAUGGUGUAACUUUGUUCAACAUAUGGCUAUGGUUAUUUCUACAAAAAUCAAAUACCUUUUUGGAGAUAGUAAUGAAAAUCCCUUACGUAAAUUGGCGCAUAAUUUAUAUUUUAAUUGAUGCUUCAUUCAAGCAUAAUUUUUUAAAUCAUGAAAAAAUUAAAAUGUUCAAAGACACUGGAAAGUUAUUCGAGAACGGUUUGAAAAUAACUUUAACUAUUGGAGGUACUGGAGAACACAUAACAUAAUUGCCCGGGUAAGAAUCCGAACGCAGUAUUACUGCGAACACAAUUUUGUAACUAUACAGUUGUUUUAAUGUAAAUGUACAAAUUUACAAACAUCUGUAAUUUUACAUGACUAUUUAUAUUCUUUUACAAAUUCAAAAAAAA